AUGGACAGCUGCCUACCUAAAGCUCAAACCUCACUGAACAAUGGCCUGCCGGUUGACCAAGAUUUGCACCAAGACCACACCUCAACACGACCUUGGCCAAAGCCUCAGUCUUUACCAUUGAAACCUAGCGAUUCCCGUGAAAAUCGUGGUGUGGUUCAUCCAAACUGGGAAGACCCUCUAUUGGGUCAAAGCGAGCCCCUCUUCGCUGGGCAUUCUAGACCCCACUUCCCCCUCUACGGGGGACAGUCACAGCAAGUAGCCAUACCGACGCUGGGGCCAAAUCAACAUGAAACAGUGACUUUGAAUGAAUAUCGGGGGCACGCUUGUGAGCAACAUCGGUCUGAACAACCAACGGACAUCAUGCCAGUAUCAUCACAGUUCAUGACCAGAUCUCCUCCGGCGAAUAAAAUCGAGCAAUCUCUGGACAAGUCGAGCGAGCUAGAGGACGAGGAAGAUUCAUGGCCGACAGAAGGUGAUGAAUGGUGGACCUAA